AGGAGCUGAAAACACGUGUUCAUGAUUUGCCCUGGCAGGGAGUGCAGCUCACCACGGCUGGGACAGCAUACUGAGGACUCACCUCAACCUCUCCCUGUCAUCACAGGACACCUUUACAGCAGCCAAAUCUCCAGCUUGUGUGGAAAACACAAAUUCGGGGUGCAGCUGUUCGAGCCGGUACUUCCAGGACACCGGUACUUAAGCCACCACCACACCAUCCAAGAGGGUUUCGCGACCCCCUCAGCCAACCUUUGCACGCCAGUGCAGGUACAGAUCGAGAGAAGCCACCUUGCGUUUCCCUGGAAAGCUGCGAGCCCCUGUGGAGUUAUCCCGGCGGCGGCGGGAGCACGGUGACACCUCGCGGUCCGACGCCCUCAUUGCCUCGGCGGGGCGGUGCUGCCGAGCGGUGCUGCCGAGCUCGACCCGCUGUGGGUGACGGUGACGAACCCGCUGUGGGUGACGGUGACGGUGGCGAAUCCGCUGUGGGUGACGGUGACGGACCCGCCGUGGGUGACGGUGACGCUUCCCCAGCGCCCCGCACGGCCCGGGGCUGGGGCUCCGUCCCGCCAGGAACAGCUCCCUGGGCGGGAAGGCCGCGUACAGCAAAGCGAAGGCUCCGGAGUGACCUGUCCGCGGUAUUCCAGUACCGGAGAGCCGACUGGAGAGGGGCUUAGUACAAGGGCAUGUACUGACAGGACCAGGGGGAAUGCAUUCAGACUGGAGGAGAGUAGAUUUAGAUUAGAUACUAGGAAGACAUUGUUUGCCGGGAGGGUGGUGAGGCGCUGUAGCAGGUUGCCCAGAGAAUUCCCCACCCUGAAAGUGUUCGCGGUCGGGCUGGAUGGGGCUUUGAGCACCCUGGUCUGGUGGGAGGUGUCCCUGCCCGUGGAUGAUCCCUAAGGAGCCUCCCCGCCCGAGCCACUCCGUGACGCCCCGCACGGCCCGCGGCCGCCGGCCCGCGCAUGCGCCGCGCGUUGCCCGGAGACGGACGCCGUUACCGCUCCCCGAGGCGCGCCCGCCCCGCUCCGAGCCGGAGCCGCCGCACGGAGCCCACCAUGGUGCCCGCCCGGCCACCCGAACCCUCCGACGUGCCCUACAGCUUCUACAGCCAGCCCCGUCUCCUGCCCUCUCGCCCCAAGUACCGACAGCAGAGCAAUGCCGCCCAGAGGCAGAGGAGCCCGGCGCACCACUGCAACAUCAUGAUCGACCCAAGAGUGGUGCGCGGAAACGUCCUGUCCGUGCCCCCGCCCCCACCGCAGAGUACCCAGCCCAGUACCCUUGGGGUUAAAAGGCAGAGGAGAGCACAGAAACAAGUAUUGCCCAAAAGGCUUACACAAGAGCAGAUUCGACCAGGAACGCCAGAGCCUGUGAAGGGCAGAGAACAUGUUGCUGUGCAGACAGAACUGUAUUUGGAAGAGAUUAGUGAUCGGAUAAUAGAGAUUGAUGGAGAGUGUCAAACAGAUGAAUUUUUGGACAGACCACUCACUCCACUCUUCAUUCCAGCUAAAACAGGAAAAGAUGUGGCCACACAAAUAGAAGAAGGAGAGUUGUUUGACUUUGACAUUGAAGUUAAGCCGAUCCUGGAAGUGUUGGUUGGGAAAACAGUUGAGCAGGCUUUGCUGGAAGUCAUGGAGGAAGAAGAGCUGGCCCAGCUGUGGUCACAUCAGCGAGCCUUCGCAGAGCUGCGUAACGCAGAGUUUGCUGAACUGCAGCGCUUAGAGGAGCAGGACAGGCGAAUCAGGGAGGAGAAGGAACGUCGCAGACUGGAACACCUGGAAAAGCUGCGGAAACAGAAAGAGACUGCAGAGAAAAUUGCAGCUCGGGCAUUCGCUCAGCGUUACCUGGCUGAUCUCAUUCCCUCAGUCUUCAACAAUCUUCAUGACAGUGGAUUUUUUUAUGACCCUGUAGAAAGAGAUAUUGAGACUGAAUUCCUUCCAUGGCUGAUGUCAGAAGUAGAAGAAACACUACAGAAGAAGGUUCUGGGAAGGACGAUGCUUGACUCCUUGAUUCGUACGGUGGUUGAAAAACGCUUAGAUGAAUUUAGCCAUCCACCUCCAUCUGAGCAGAAAGAGGCACCUGCUGAAGAGCCUGGGGAAACAGAUGCAGCUCCUCAGGUGUCUAGUGAGGCAGAUUCUGCUGAACAACCACUUGCAGAGAGCGAAGAGACUGAUCCACCUGUUGCUGAGGAAUAGCCUUCAGAUUCCACUUCUUCUCAGAAGAAUAAGGUCAAGAAGAAACAGCGGAUUUGGAAACUGAGUAACAAACAGGCAAGUCAUCAAGUAAAUGGAGGCCAGUGGCUUAGAAAUAAGCAAUUAAUUCCUAUCUAUUUACAGAUAUUGUGCCCUAGCCAUGCUGAAGGAUGAACCUAAUCAAAAGUAGAGCAUUAAAACAUGUUUUCCAUAUGCUGGAAUCGCUGAUUUCAGGCUACUAGAAUCAAGAGAGAAGUUACUAGUGCAAUGAAUGGCACGGAAAUUCUGUCCCCUUUUACACAACCCAGUCCAUCAAAACCUGGGAGGUUUAUGGCUGAAAAGUGAUGCUGUCCCACACCCUGUGAUGGAAGGUCAUGAGAAGGAUGUUGAGAGCGUCAUAAUAACCUUUGCAAGUAAUUUCCUUAUUGUGAAAGGUAGUUACUACAGCAAUUAAAUAAAUUGCUUUUGACUCGUGUUAGUCUUGCCUCACAAAUUU